AUGCAAGAUAUUAGUAGUCAGGCUGGUGCAAGUAGCUGUCAUGACGACAAAAUGGAAAGAACUGAUAGCCAUGGAGACAAGAUGAAGGAUAAUAGCACCACUGAAGGUGGCGACAAGAUGGGAUCCAGUGGUUCAGCGCCGAAAAGAAUUUCGCCAUUUGCUUUUGUGGAAAAACAAUCCAAGAAACCACUUUCAUGGCAGAAAUUUCGAGGUACAGAUGAUUCAAUACAUCAGAACGAAGACACUGUGGGGCCUUUAGCAACUGAUUCAGAGGAUGUUGAGGGACCAACAUCAGUUUCAAAGGGGGAUAAUGUCAUUGACAUGUUUGAUGGGUUGGUACCUGAAGCCGUAUUGCGACACAACGCCAAUAAGAGGCGAGUGUUUAAGCCAACCAUUCCGGUCCGCAGACAAUUUAGAAAGAAGCAGAAGCUAACGGUAGUGACUGACGUCAGCCGUAAUAUAUAG